UGAAGAUAAACAAAUGAGCAUAGAAUAGAAAAAUUGGAAUUCCAAGAGAAGGUGGCUAGCAACCUUUGCACUUCCCCUUUCCCUCCCUGGAAACACGUCUGCGGUUUUCUUGUCAACUUGCGAGAGUGUGUGUGUGUGUGUUGGUUGCAUUAGAAUUAAAAACCCACAAACCUUGUAGAGAGAGAGAGAGAGAUAAAAGCAACGGAAUCCAGAAACGAACAAAAGAGGAACCGUAAAGAUCGAUUGGAAUCCCCUCCGACUUAUCCCUCUCAAUAGUUAAGGCCUCCCUCCAUUUGUUUUUUUUUUAUUCUUGGUCUGAGGGGAAAAGGAGAGAAAGAAUUAUGCAAGAAUUACCAGCUUUUUCAUUUCAUGCAAAGCCGCCGCUGUGAGGAUCUUCCGGCGGGUGUGGCGGGGGGGGGGGGGGGGGUCUUUUUUCUGUUAAAUUAUUUGAAGUGAUGGGUUCGAGCGCAAUUGUGACCUCCGCCGGUGGCGGCGGAGGUGUCGGAUGGUGGAGGUGGUUCUGGCACAGUAGCAAUGGCGGUGGGAAGAGCAGUAACAGUACGAGUAAGAAUGGGAGUCAUAAUCACGAGGCGUGUGUUUUGUCGUCAGCUUUUGCGUAUUUCCUGUUUUCGUUUGUCGUUUUGGGGUCGAUUGGUAACUUAUAUGCGAGAUUCAUGCUCACGCCUAACGCGCGCACGGGGAUCACGGCUCUCGGGUGUCAAGAGGACAAUGAGGGAUCGUGGGCUCUAGGCGUUUUCUAUGGCGACUCCCCCUUUUCUCUCAAACCCAUUGAAGCUAUGAACGUCUGGAAGGACAAGAGUGCAGCAUGGCCUGUAGCCAACCCAGUUAUCACUUGUGCCUCAGUUUCUGAUGCUGGGUUCCCAAGCAAUUUUGUUGCCGAUCCUUUUCUUUAUGCACAGGGUGAAAUCCUUUACCUAUUCUACGAAACCAAAAAUUCAAUCACAAUGCAAGGAGAUAUUGGAGUUGCAAGGAGUAUAGACAAGGGAGCAACAUGGAAACAGCUGGGUAUCGCGCUCGACGAAGAUUGGCAUCUCUCCUAUCCAUAUGUCUUUGAGUACAAUGGAAAUAUAUAUAUGAUGCCAGAGGGCAGUGCAAAUGGGGAUCUUCGUCUUUAUCGCGCAAUCGACUUCCCUUUAAAAUGGACAUUGCAUAAGGUUAUUAUGAAAAAGCCGCUAGUAGACUCAUUUAUGAUUCCUCGUGAAGGUAAAUUCUGGCUUUUUGGUUCUGAUCACACUGGGAUUGGCACCAAGAAGAACGGACAGCUGGAGAUCUGGCACAGCAGCUCACCUCUAGGUCCCUGGAAACCUCACAAGAAGAACCCUAUAUAUAACACAGACAAGAGCAUGGGAGCCCGGAAUGGAGGGAGACCUUUUGUUUAUAAGGGAAAUCUUUAUCGUAUUGGUCAAGACUGUGGCCAGACAUACGGCCAUAGAAUACGAGUGUUUAGGGUUGAAGUUCUGAACACUGAGGAGUUCAAAGAAGUUGAGGUUCCGUUUCCCUCCAAAGAGCCCGCUAAGGGACGAAAUGCUUGGAACGGGGCCCGCAACCAUCACCUUGAUGUACAGCAGCUCAGCUCUGGGCAGUGGAUUGCAGUUCUAGAUGGAGACCGAGUGCCGUCUGGAGAUGCAGUUCAUCGCUUCAUUCUUGGGUCUGCUUCAGUUGUUGCUGUUGCUGGUCUAGUCAUGCUUGUCGGCUUGCUGCUUGGGGCUGUAAAGUGUUUAGUGCCCUUAAGUUGGUGCCCUCACAGCAUGGAAAAGAGAAGUGACACUUUCUUAACUUGGGAGAGGCCAAACUUAUUCUCUUCAAAGCUUAGACUUUUUUGCAGUCGCUUGAACCGAGCAGGUUUGAUUCUCCGUGCGAGAAUAAGACCAAACACUUGCACCGGAAUUUUUGUCCUCCUUGUGACCAUUGUGGGGGCUGUGAUGCUAAUGUGUACUGGUGUUAAGUAUAUCUAUGGCGGUAGCGGGGCUGAGGAACCCUACCUGUUGGACGGACACUACUCCCAGUUUACAUUACUAACAAUGACGUACGAUGCUCGCCUUUGGAAUUUGAAAAUGUAUAUAAAACAUUACUCAAGAUGCUCCUCUGUGCGUGAGAUAGUCGUGGUCUGGAACAAAGGAAUACCACCACAACCGGGUGAUUUUGACUCAGCAGUGCCGGUAAGGAUAAGAGUAGAGAAAAAUAAUUCACUGAACAACCGAUUUAAGGUUGACCCUUUGAUUAAGACCCGAGCGGUUCUUGAGCUCGAUGAUGACAUUAUGAUGACCUGUGAUGAUAUUGAACGAGGGUUCAAGGUAUGGCGCGAGCAUCCAGAUAGGAUUGUCGGUUUCUAUCCUCGGCUCAUCAACAGCAGCCCUUUGAAGUAUAGAGGCGAGAAACAUGCUCGUAAGCACAAUGGAUACAACAUGAUUUUGACGGGGGCUGCUUUCGUUGAUGCUAAGGUAGCAUUUGAGAGGUAUUGGACCGCAGAAGCUGAAGCUGGUCGAGCAUUGGUGGAUAGCUAUUUCAACUGUGAGGAUGUGCUGAUGAACUACUUGUACGCAAACGCGAGCUCUUCAAGCGUAGUCGAGUAUGUUAAACCUGCAUGGGCAGUCGAUACCUCGAAAUUGUCAGGCGUCGCAAUUAGCCGGAACACACAGGCUCAUUAUGGGGUCAGAAGCAACUGUUUAACGAAAUUUGCAGGUAUGUAUGGCGGUUUAACUCACAGAAAAGCUGAAUUUAGCAGUAGGAAGGAUGGGUGGGAUGUAUAGUUAAGACAGAUUGGUCAAGGUAAAAAGCUUAGAUGCCUUUGUUUGAUUUUGUUUUUAUGUUUGUCUUCUUGGUCUUUUUCUCUACAACUGUAUGUUUGUUUAUAGCCUACAAUGUUGUUGUGAAUUUUUGUGAGAAAUCUCAGAGUGUCUUAGUUCUGGUCAGUCAAACUGUACAGUGUUCUGAAUGAAAAUACAUGGUGGUGGUUCUCUUUUUUUCUUGUAUUUUGGGAAAUUUGAUGCCUCUACAGUCUA